AUGUUCCGCCCAAUCACCCCCCUCACCCGCACCCUUCUGCGGCCUCUCGCUCGCAGCACUCGUACCUACUCGUCCACCCCCCCCGUGGAACCGACAACCAACGCCACAACCGUCCACGACACGGGCAGCACCGACCCGGCGCCGCUGCGGGAGACCGCCCUCGAGGGCCAGAAGGCCCGUGUGCUGCAGGCGCCGAACCGGGCGACGACGUGGAGUCGCUCGCAGCAGCCGAGGGAGCUGGCGAUGGUGGGACCGAGGUUUGAGCAGACGAUUUUGGAGAGACAGCCAGCGGCCUGGGCAGCCAUCGAGCUAAUCCACCAGCAGCCCGUCCGCUGGUCCGAGAAGCGUGUCGUCGCCUGCGACGGCGGUGGCGGACCCAUGGGCCACCCAAGGGUCUUUAUCAAUGUCGACAAGCCCGAGAUAGUCCCCUGUGGCUACUGCGGCCUUCCUUUCGCACAUGUCCACCACAAGGAGCAUCUUUCAAAGUUGGAGAAGGUGGAUUAUCCAUUGGAGUAG